UGGGAAAUUUUGGAUUUUCUACGAAGAUCUAUGCAUUCCUGCCUGUGGAAUUUGUUUCUUGGCAAUGUUAUGCUUUGUGUGAGACCAUACGGCUUAUUCGAGUAACUGUUCCCAGAGAUUUGAUCAAGUGAAAAUAAAGACCAUGAGAAAAAUCAUAAUCUUUGCUUUCGUUUAUGCAGUGCUCUUAUUGGCAAAUUUUGGAACGACAGCGACAAGUGAUGACAACGGCCACUCACAUUGUUCUGCUGAAGGAAAGUGUACUCUGGACGAAGAUGCCCAUCUUCAUGAAGCAUCAGCUGAACACGAGCAGACAUCGCGUUACCUCAGAGACUCGGCUCCUUUAAUACCCGAAGGCAAGGAGCCCAUCUUGAUAUGGUGGACAAAUGAUCUCUUUCCGCAUGACCGCCAACAAAAGAACCACCAUAUUGUUUGUGAGAAAGGCUCGUGCAUCACCUCGAUCGACCGCGGGCUCCAAAACGACCCCGCCACGCGCGGCUUCAUCUUUUACGGCACAGACCUCCGCGCGGAUGACUUGCCACUCCCGCGCAGACCCUGGGACGAGUGGGCGAUUUUCCACGAGGAGUCGCCAAAAAAUAACUGGAUGUUGACAUACGAGGACGCCCUAGUUCUUUUUAAUCACACUGCCACAUUUCGCCGUGAGUCUGAUUAUCCACUUUCCACUCACUACAUCAAAGAUCUGAAUGACUGGACGGAUACGCCCGCGGUACCCAUCCAAGAGAAAAACAGGUUACAAAAAGAGAAGGGUCUUGCGCCUAUUGUCUACGUGCAAAGUGACUGCCACACACCGUCAGACCGCGAGAGAUACAUCAAAGAACUGAUGAAGCAUAUUGAUAUUGACUCCUACGGCCGUUGCCUGAAUAACCGUAAAAUGCCCGCGGAGAUUGACGGCUUCUUGAAGCUUCAUGAUCCAGCUUAUUAUGAGUUUCUUGCUCAGUAUAAAUUCAACGUCGCGUUCGAGAAUGCAAUUUGCAACGAUUAUAUGACAGAGAAGCUGUUCCGACCGUUUCAAGUUGGCGCGGUGCCCAUAGUCAUGGGAUCGCCUGUGGCAAAAGAUUGGAUGCCAAACGAGCGAUCGGGGAUUUUUGUGAGCGACUUUAGUGAUCCAAAAGAACUUGCAGAGUUCUUAAAACAUCUUAAUUCGAACGAUGCUGAGUACGCGAAGUUCUUAGAGUACAAGGAUCCAAAGCGAAUCACAAACGAGUUUCUACACAAAUCUUUGAGAGAAAGACCGUGGCGUGUGUUGGGGGAAUGGGACAAAGUAAACUUCGGUCAUCGUAUGUACGCUGGGUUUGAAUGUCACGUGUGCGACCGUGUUAUUGAACGGCAAGAGGCACUGCGCGCUCAUCAAAAAGAUCCAAACCGAAAUCCACCGCCUCCCCCUCGGUUUGCUAAUAAGGAACACCUCGAGUGUCCCGAGCCAACGAUUUCCAUAGCAACUACAGAGAGGGUUAAUAAGAGUGUGAACUUCUGGGAAGGGUUGUAUGAAGCGCGGGCACUUAAGCAAAUGGUUUUAGCUGGAGAGACGAAUAGCACAAAAUUUAUAUCAAAAUACCUGAAAAGACGAACAGACAAAUACGACAAAUGGAUUGAAUGAUAAUCCUUCUUUCAACUUAAUUACAGUUAGGAUUUCUUUGAUAGCAUGUUUAUUAUAAGUUGGAUAGAAAUAAAUAAAUAAAUACAAGC